GCGUGCGUUUCCAUUAUACCUGCUGCACGCGCGCUGCUCUAAGCAUGGUCAAAUCUCAGUCGAGACGUUGCUGCCUGUGCAUACUUGCUUUAGUGUGCUCUGCUGCCAUUAUUUGCCUAUGCAUCUAUUUUGCCAACAAAAACACAUGCGAGUUUACGCACGCUGCAGUUUCUGCGGAUUCGGAGAUGUGCUCCAACAUUGGCAGAGAUAUGCUGCGUCAGGGAGGCUCAGCUGUGGAUGGGGCCAUCGCAGCUCUGCUCUGCACUGGACUGGUCAACCCACAAAGCAUGGGCCUGGGUGGGGGGGCCAUCUUUACCAUUAUGGACAAAAUAGGCAAAGUGAAAAUCAUCAGCUCAAGAGAGACGGUCCCAAAAAGUGUCCGAGCGGAUUUGCUGAAAGACUGUCCAAAGACUUUGACACUCACAACAGGAAGUCAGUGGAUUGGUGUACCAGGAGAACUCCGUGGAUAUGAACGAGCUCAUCAGUUGUAUGGAAAGCUUCCCUGGGCCAAACUGUUCGAGCCCACCAUCAAGCUGGCACGAGAGGGCUUCCCCAUGCCAGUCUACCUCAGUCGAUUCCUGCAGUUUGAUAUGAUUAAAAUGCUUAUUCAAAACUCUCAGCUCUGUGAAUUGUUCUGCCACAAGAACAAGACAGUUUUCGGCCCCGGGGACAUCCUGAAGUUCCCUAAGCUUGCAGAAACUAUGGAAACUAUUGCCAAAGAAGGAGCCGAUGCCUUCUACACUGGAAAAAUCGGCAAGGACUUGAUACAGGAUGUACAAGCUGCAGGUGGAGUGAUUUCAUUAGAAGAUCUGAAAGCUUUCCAGGUCAGAGUCAGUGAUGCAUGGUCAGUCCAACUCGGGGUAUACAAGAUGCACUUUCCUCCUCCACCAUCAGGGGGACCAAUACUCAACUUUAUCCUCCAACUAAUGCAUGGGUUCAAACUCUCUCCAGCCUCAGUCCAAGGAGACCAAAAAAACUUGACUUUGCAUCGGUACCUAGAGGCAGCAAAGUUUGCGACUGGACAGAAGCACAACCUCAGAGACCCCCUGUUCAACUCCAGAGAUAUGACAUACAUAACAGACGAGAAGUUCAUAGAGAGUAUCAGGGCUCUGAUCAGUGAUGGCUCCACUCAAGAGGCCUCUUACUACAACAUCAACCCAUCAGCUGAUCGCUUUGGCACCACACAUGUUUCAGUGAUGGCAGCAGAUGGCACUGCUGUGUCAGUAACCAGCACCAUCAACCACAUGUUUGGGUCAUCUAUUUACUCUCCCAAGACGGGUAUUAUCCUCAACAAUGAGCUAGCUGACUUCUGCGGCCGAGCAGAUUCUGUCACACCAGGUGAAGAUCUGUCACCAAAAAUAUCCUCUUACUUUUCACACAUCUUGAACAUUCUUGUCACCCUAUUGUCUAAUGUUUUUACAGGCGAGCAGCCUCCUUCCUCCAUGGCUCCUGCCAUCCUGCAGUCUUCCUCGCAACAGAAGACACUGGUGAUUGGUGGAUCUGGAGGAAGUAUGAUCACCACAGCCAUGGCCCUGUCCAUUAUGAACCACCUGUGGUUUGGGAUGAGUCUCAACGAAUCUAUCGCUGCUAAAAUAGUAUUUGUGGAUUCCAAGAACACUGUCAACUUUGAGCAUGGAUACCACAAGACUGCUAUAGAGGCAAUGAAAGCAUUAGGACACAAUGUGAAGGGCUAUCCAUUCUUUUUCAAUGUGGUCAACGCCGUCUCAAAAGAAGGACACUGCCUCAGUGCCGUAUCUGACGCCCGGAAGAAUGGCAGGUCGGCGGGAUACUGACCCACCCUUCAGCUGCCCCUGUUUCUGCCCCUCAGAUCCUGUUCUGGUGUCAGCUGUUUGUGAAUACGGUGGUGAUUCAUCGGGUCCGGGAGGAAGUGAGGGUGAAAGUAAAGUGUCAGCUAUCCCUUUCAGCAACGACUACAGACACAUGAAUUCAAACAUGGGGUGAUUGUACAUAGUGAUGUGCAUAAAAUUUGUCCAUGUCCACUUUUUAAUGACCUCUUAGGAUUACAGGUGUAUGAUCUGAGGGUGAAAUGAGGAUGUUUUUAAUACAUAUUUGUAUUUUGUGUGUAGGAGAGACCGGGGCUAGUUGUCACAUGGGGUUUUACAAGAGCUAUAUCUCAGUCUCAAAGGUCCAAUUAUAAACGAGUGCUUGUUUUCUCUAGCAGUGGAUUUGUAUGUUUGUUUCAAAGACCUAGUACAAAACAGUCCUAAAUCUGAAUAUAUAUUUUUUGUGAAUUCUGUCCUCCAAACUAAAAUUCCAAUAUCAUAUUUUUGUAAUACUGUAUCUGUUGAGUAAACAAGUGAACAUUAAACAUCAGUAAACCACUGUUAUACAUUUAGGUAAGGCUCAACAAUAUAAUGAAAGUAGAUUUAAACAAACAGGUUGAAUGGUGUUCUUAUGACAAGGAUUUUUUUUUAAUCAUAAAUGCCUGUUUGGGGCAAGUUGUAACAUUUGGAAACAUUGGCUUUUUUUUAUUUUUUAUCCCUUUUUCUCCCAAUUUGAAAUGCCCAAUUUCUACUACUUAGUAGGUCCUCGUGGUGGUGCGGUUACUCACCUCAAUCCAGGUGGCGGAGGACAAGUCUCGGUUGCCUCCGCUUCUGAGACUGUCAAUCCGCACAUCUUAUCACAUAGCUCAAUGUACAUGACACUGCUGAGACUCACAGCAUGUGGAGGCUCAUGCUACUCUCCGCGAUCCACACACAAUUUACCACGCGCCCCAUUGAGAGCGAUAACCACUAAUUGCGACCACGAGGAGGUUACCCCAUGUGACUCUACCCUCCCUUAGGAGACCUGGCUGGAGUCACUCAGCACGCCCUGGAUUCGAACUUGCGACUCCAGAGGUGGUAGUCAGUGUCAAUACUCACUGAGCUACCCAGGUCCCCGGCUAAAACAAUAAUUUGAUAUUUUGGUAACGCUUUACAGUAAGGUUCCAUUCAUUAACAUUAGUUAAUGCAUUAGAUAUCGUGAACUAACAAUGAACAAUAUAUUUCUUACAGCAUGUAUAAAUAAUUGUUAAUAAUGGUUAAUAAAAAAUACAAUUGUUCAUUUGUUAAUUCAUGUUAGUUCAUAGUGCAUUAAUGUUAAUAUAUAAUUUUUAUUUUAACUAUAUAUUAGCAUAUUGUUAUUAACAUUAAACAGUUGAAAUUAACAUUAACCAAAAUUAAUUUAAUGCUGCAAAGCUAAUGUUGACAAAUAAAACCCUAUUGUAUUAGUGUUACCGAUAUUUUUGUAUGUUAACUUUAACGUUUUGCUACUGUUUCGUUAAUUGUUUUGCUUUAUAUCUUAAAACAAUAUCAUUGUUUAUAUUUUUUUACAUAACAGUUUUUCUGUUUAAACUUUGUUGAAAAUCCUAUAAUAUAGUGGUGGGGCAUAUUGUCACAAAAAGUCAAACUUGUCAAAUGAUAUGAACUGUAUCGUUUUUCCAGGGAAAUUACAGUGGAACAGAUUAAUAGCUUUUUGUAGACAAACCUUUAAGAUGUGCGCCUAUGCAGAAAUGGAUUAUCACAAAUAAACCUACCCUGAGAAAUAUUCACUGGAGUAGAAAGUGUGACAGCUAGCCCCUACAUCAUGCUUGUACAAAGCAGCACUUAAGGCCAGUAUGUAAUCACACAACACUGUUUCCUAUGACAGCUAGUACCAAUUGAACUUAAGUUAACUAGGACAGAUAUCUCCCUUAAAAGACUAAAUUGCUGAAUAUAACAGUUCUGUUUCUGCUAUUACUGUUAAUGUUGUAGGGAGAGACCAUUUUAAGGUCAAAAUUUGAAUGUUAUAAUCCUGAAUGUGACUCUACAGUUAUAUAGUGUGGCAUUACAGUUUUAUGUACAGUACAUGUGCUGUAGUUUUCCUAUGCAAUUUUUUUAUAUUUUUCAUAAUGAUUCUAUGUAGUGCUCUGUGUUUUAUUUUUAUAAAGUUUUUAAAUAGGCUGUGUGUUAGUUAUCCUUCAAUUAUGAAUUUCUACUGUAAUUAUAACUGAUCUUAAUACAACUGUUUUAAACUAUCAUAGUCAUAUGUUUUUGGCACUAAUCAGAGAUAGUUGUAAUAAAGUUGAUGGAUGCAUAAUAAAAAGGUCCACUGAUUUCCCAAGAUGCGACAGCAGACUGUAUGACAUCAUAGAAUCCCCACUAAAUGGCAUUUAAGUGCAUUUUCUUUUUGUAUGGCACAUGAUAAUAAAUGUUUUCUAAUGCCUUU